GCCGCCGGUAUCCGUCCGCCAGGCCGCGGCAGCGCCGCCGGCCAGAUCGAGUCAUCGACUCGCCGCAAGGGGACGCGGUCGCCAGUCCGAGGACGCGUCAGGACCACAGACGAGGAGCAUCCUUCACCGCUGAACCAGCGAUGGGCACCUAAACCACCACUCCCCCGCCCCGAAACGCAAAAUCAAACUCUGUGCCAGACGCGCGAAGCUGUGAUGCGAUGGAUCGCCCGGUGAUGUCGCCCCUGUCGCCUGGAGCUCGCGCCAGCUCCACGGAGAACCUGAUCCCGCCGGAGGAGUCGCCGCAGACGCGGCCGCGACCCGUCAUCACCACCGAGUCACCGGUGCCAGACGACGCGCGCGCCGUGCCGCUGCUGACGUUGCCGCCACUGUCCGCCGAGCCGGCCGCCGGACCCGAGGGAGGCGCGCGCAGCUUCCCGGACAUCGAGCUGCACUGCCGGCGCACCUACCUGUGUCCGCAGGCGCUGGCGCGCCGCCGCUGCUCCUGCAUCAACAUCCACCGCAUGGGCUCACGGGACUCGGUGUGCUCGGUGCCGGGCCGCAGCAGCGAGUUCGCCGAGAUCGCCGCCGACUCGCUGCGCAUUAACGGCGCCAUCCGACAGUUUCGUCACGUGAGUAGCGAGUGUCGGGCCAGUCCGACACCUCGGCACUGA